UGUUAUUGACUUUACGAAACCUAUCACCAUCACGACGCCCGGAUGCUAUGUGCUUAGCAAUCCUGACUCUGGUUGUAGAAUCAGUCUCUUUCAGGAUGUGUUUGCAAGCCAACUGUGUGACCAAUUUUCCUCUGAAAUCGAAAAUACUGGCACCCUUAAACAGUACAACACAAUCCACAGGCAGUCUCAGGCGCCACUUGCACUUCCAAGACUCUCGUCAUGGUUUGGACCCGUAGACUAUGCGUUCUCAGGAAUCGUAAUGAAAGCUAAUUCUGUCUCCCAAUGUCCUCGCCUUAUUGCAGCAUAUCAGAACAUGGCCGAAAACCUCUUCACACCCAACAACAUUGAUUGCUCCUCUGACUGCUUUUUGAUCAACCAGUAUAGAACUGGACGUGAUUCCUGUGGUGAGCACAGUGACAACGAGCCAGAGGUCGACCUCUCAAAACCUGUCGUUACUCUGUCACUUGGCCAACAGCGCUGCAUGCUCAUCAGAGAGGCUAAGAACCCUGGAAAUGCCAUCACAGUCAAACUCGACCAGGGUUCAGUUCUUGUAAUGCAUGGUACUGAUUUCCAAAAGAAGUAUACGCAUCAAAUACCCAAAGAUAAUGUGAUCACUAAUUCACGUACCUCUGUGACCUACAGGACCUGCAGCUCCACUUUCCUAAGAAACCGAAGUGCCUUAUCUACACCCCUGAAAGAUAUUUCUAUCACUCCUAUACUUGCCCCCAAGACCCCUGGAGUCUCAGGCUCACCAUCGCUACCUCUGCACAACAGACGUAGAUCCUCCUUGUCUCUGUCUAGCUUCUCACAAGUUGACACCAGCUCAGUCGGGUCUCCAGUGGCCAGUAGUUCUCCUUCCAUAACCAGCAGCAAAGCAUCAGUCUCUGAUAGUGAUACAUUGCCUCUCAGCAUAGAUGCCAUGCUUGAAGCCAUUGAUCUAAUGAAAGACAAAACCGUGAAAAGCGAACUUUCUCGCCAUGGCAGCACAAACUCUGGAACCCCUCUGGAUUGUAAGAAAAGACUGAAGAAAGUUGCGAAAGCAUGUCACAAACGCCUGAGCACGCUUCUUGCUGAGCCUCCAGUAGUCUCAGCUGAGCCCGAAUGCGUUACCCAUUCCCUCCAAACUUUGGAAAACUCUGUUAUUGAUCUACAAUCCAAAAUAAGUCUACAACAUAGCACCCUCCAAACACUUGUCUUAUGUUCUGACAGUAAUUCCAAUCAAAAAGUUAGUGCCAGCCCCCCUAACCUGUCUAAUGAACUCAACACUAUGGACAAGAGACUUGAAAAGUUAGAGGAUAUAAUGAGCAGCAUAAACGAAAAACAACAUGAAACUGCCACCUCCCUUAAAGCCUUCGAAGCAGAUGUCACUGCAAUUAAGAACAAAGUAGAUGACUCUAAGGCCUGCCUACAGUCUCUCCAGCUUAAUGACCGCACCAACCCAUCAAGAAAAAAGCCAUCGCCUCAUCCUCAAAACCAGAACCACCCAACCCACAGCCCUAGUAGACAAACGCGAAAACCAAAAAAGGUUCUACUCCUACAUGACUCCCAGAUGAACAACUUUCUACCUGAGUCAUUUUCCUCUGGGUUCAAGGUGGAAAAAAUGAAAGUAGGCUCUUAUACUGACAUGAUAAAAGACCACUGUAUGAGAGAUGUCAUUAAACAGCCAGAGGUCGACUGUUACAUUCUCCAGCUUGGAGUCAAUGACUACAGAUACAGAACCUGCUCUGUUAAUAAAGCGAUUGAGGAUGCAAAAUCAGUCAUCGAUAAACUCCUCUCGAGCUCCAGUGCAAAGGUUGUCAUCUCCCUACCCACCCCAACCCCUGGAUUAAUCAGUGAACUUACCAACCAAUUUGUCUCAGAAAUAACACAAUUUGUCUCAGCUAAAAGAGGGUUAAGUGACUUUUACCGCCGCCUAUAUACUGUAAACAAUACUGGAAACUUUUCCCGUGCCAUCUCUGCUGCUGAGUCAUCCCAAGACUCUCCUAACCCGUUGAAGGAGGACCAACUCCAUGUCUCAGAGUAUGGUUUGAAAAAACUUUGUUUGAAUAUUAAACUUGGCCUAUACCGUGCCUUUGGUAUGAGAUCCCCUAGAAAGCAGCCCCCUACAGAGCGUUAGAUUAACCCUAAAAUUCAAGAAAAAACAAG